CGCUAGAAAAAGAGGGGAGGAAAAGAAAAUCGUCUAUCCAAUCCCAACUGGUAAAAUAAGAUCCCGUUCCUUCCCAUCACGCCCAUCGUUUUCCGCUCUCCAUUCCGUUCUGCAUCCGUCAAUCCACUCCCCCACGGCGCCGACGACUCGGGCUCCCGGCUCCCCCCCUUGGACUCGGACGGGAACAGCACGUCGGGGAAAGGAAGCAAGCGUCCGCGAGUAGGAACAGUGACGAGUGACGGCAGCAGGGGGAGGGACGGGACACGGGAGGAGGGGAGGGGACAGAGGAGGAGCUUGGGCGGUGGAGCUGGUGGACUGGUGGUAUAUAGCUAGGCGGGCGGGCCGUGGGCGGGCAGCCAAUGCCGUCGGGCGCGCAGGGCUAGGAGGAUGGGCGGAGGGGGCGCGAUCGUCCACGGCUUCCGCCGCUGGUUCCACCGCCGGAACGGCUCCACCUCCGGCUCCAACCAGUCGUCCGUCGCCGGCGAGGGGGACGACGGCUCGUCCGAUCUCGAGGUCAUCGAGGACCCGGAUCUCGUCGCACUCCGCGCCAUCCGCGUGCCCAAGCGCAAGAUGCCGCUGCCCGUCGAGAGCCACAGGAAGAACUCGGUGGAAAUGGAGUUCUUCACAGAGUACGGAGAGGCAAGCCAGUACCAGAUCCAAGAAGUCAUUGGUAAAGGGAGCUACGGAGUAGUUGCUGCAGCUGUAGAUACCCGCACCGGUGAGCGGGUUGCUAUCAAGAAGAUCAAUGAUGUGUUUGAGCACGUCUCGGAUGCCACACGCAUACUGCGGGAGAUCAAGCUCCUUCGGUUGCUUCGCCACCCAGACAUAGUUGAGAUUAAGCACAUUAUGCUCCCUCCUUCUCGGAGGGAGUUCCAAGACAUCUAUGUUGUUUUUGAGCUCAUGGAGUCGGAUCUCCAUCAAGUGAUCAAGGCAAAUGAUGACCUCACCCCUGAACAUCACCAGUUUUUCUUGUACCAACUUCUUCGUGCUCUAAAGUACAUACAUGCUGCUAAUGUAUUUCAUCGCGACCUAAAGCCCAAGAAUAUACUGGCUAACUCGGACUGCAAACUGAAAAUAUGUGACUUCGGACUUGCCCGUGCAUCAUUUAAUGAUGCCCCUUCAGCUAUAUUUUGGACAGAUUAUGUGGCAACAAGGUGGUACCGGGCACCUGAACUUUGUGGUUCCUUUUUCUCCAAAUACACUCCUGCAAUUGAUAUUUGGAGCAUUGGGUGCAUAUUUGCUGAACUUCUCACUGGAAGGCCAUUAUUUCCUGGGAAGAAUGUUGUGCACCAAUUAGAUCUUAUAACGGAUCUUCUUGGAACUCCAUCAUCUGAGACCUUAUCUCGGAUUCGAAAUGAGAAGGCCAGGAGAUACUUGAGCUGCAUGCGGAAAAAAUAUCCUGUGCCCUUUACUCAUAAAUUUCGAAAUGCUGAUCCUUUGGCUCUUCGUCUUCUAGAGCGUUUACUUGCAUUUGAUCCUAAAGAUCGGCCUACUGCAGAAGAGGCUCUAGCAGAUCCAUACUUUGCAUCCCUUGCUAAUGUGGAACGUGAGCCAUCAAGACAUCCAAUUUCUAAACUUGAGUUUGAAUUUGAAAGAAGGAAGCUGGCCAAAGAUGAUGUUAGAGAAUUGAUCUAUCGAGAGAUUUUGGAGUAUCAUCCACAGAUGCUGGAGGAGUACAUGAAAGGUGGAGAACAGAUUAGCUUCCUCUAUCCAAGUGGAGUUGAUCGGUUCAAACGGCAGUUUGCACAUCUUGAGGAGCAUUAUAGCAAAGGAGAAAGAGGUUCUCCACUGCAAAGAAAGCAUGCUUCCUUACCAAGGGAAAGAGUGGUUGUAUCGAAGGAUGGCAAUACUGAACAACAUAUUAAUGAUCAGGAGAGGAGUGCAGAUUCUGUUGCCCGCACUACUGUGAGCCCUCCAAGGUCAGAAGAUGCCGACAUGAAUGAUGUGAAAUCCACAAGUUUAAGCUCUCGGAGCUACCUGAAGAGCGCAAGCAUAAGUGCUUCCAAGUGUGUCGUUGUCAAAAAUAAACACCCAGAGGAUGAUGAAAUCCCAGAGGAAAUGGAAGGCGUCGUCGAUGGAUUGUCUGAACAGGUCUCCAGGAUGCACUCCUAGGCAGGUCUGUCCACGGCGACAGCAAUCUUGGUGCAAGGUUUCUAUCUGGUACACUGUAUGUCGACGAUGAUACAGAGGACAGCCUGGGAAAGCGAAACACUCUAUGGUACACUGCCCACAGCUAGUACUUGGGUAGAAGAGGAAUAUGCCACCGUCUGAUGGUUCUUUCUUCAUCAUCUGUAUUUCCACCGUGUCAUGCCAGCAUGUUGUGGCGUCUCUGGAAGCCCUGCAUGGAUUCAUGAAGAAUUCCUGAGAUGUAGCACUAGUUAGUCCAUGGAGGGAACAGAAUGAACAAUGAAGUAUGAUCAGCCUGUCGACCAUGAAGAUGUUUUCUUGCAAUGGAGUCUGGACCUAUGUUUGAGUUUUAUUACAACGGCUUCUGCCGUACGAAGUGUCAGCACUCAGCAGUGUAUCAUCCUUUUUUCCAUUUUGAGGGGAUAUCACUACAGUGCACAUUUUGCCUGUCAAGAAACUCAUGAGUAAUUUCUCCAGUCAUAUAACUCAUAAGUACACUGAA